AGCCUCAGCUGGUUCAGGCCAAGCGGGAGGAGGCGGAGGCGGAGCGGGCGGAGCCGGGCGGCCGGCUGGGGUGGCGCGCGCCGGUCUGCUGCGUUCCGGCCUGGCCAUGGCAGCAGCGCCCCUGAAAGUGUGCAUCGUGGGCUCGGGGAACUGGGGUUCAGCUGUUGCAAAAAUAAUUGGUGAUAAUGUCAAGAAACUUCAGAAGUUUUCCUCCACGGUUAAGAUGUGGGUCUUUGAAGAAACGGUUAAUGGGAGAAAACUGACAGACAUCAUAAAUAAUGACCAUGAAAAUAUAAAAUAUCUCCCUGGACACAAGCUGCCAGAAAACGUGGUUGCUAUUGCGAACCUCAGCGAGGCCGUGCAGGACGCAGACCUGCUGGUGUUUGUCAUCCCCCACCAGUUCAUCCACCGGAUCUGCGAAGAGAUCACGGGGAGGGUGCCCAAGGACGCGCUGGGCAUCACCCUCAUCAAGGGCAUAGACGAGGGUCCUGAGGGGCUGAAGCUCAUUUCCGACAUCAUCCGAGAGAAGAUGGGCAUUGACAUCAGCGUGUUGAUGGGAGCCAAUAUUGCCAAUGAGGUGGCCGCUGGGAAGUUCUGCGAGACCACCAUCGGCAGCAAGGUAAUAGAGAACGGUCUUCUCUUCAAAGAACUUCUUCAGACUCCAAAUUUUCGAAUUACAGUGGUGGAUGACGCAGACACGGUUGAACUGUGCGGUGCUCUGAAGAACAUUGUGGCCGUGGGAGCCGGGUUCUGCGACGGCCUCCACUGUGGCGACAACACCAAAGCCGCUGUCAUCCGCCUGGGGCUCAUGGAAAUGAUCUCCUUUGCCAGGAUCUUCUGCAAGGGCCAGGUGUCCACGGCCACCUUCCUGGAGAGCUGCGGCGUGGCUGAUCUGAUCACCACCUGCUAUGGGGGCCGGAACCGCAGGGUGGCCGAGGCCUUUGCCAGGACCGGAAAGACCAUCGAAGAAUUGGAAAAGGAGAUGCUGAAUGGGCAGAAGCUGCAAGGACCUCAGACUUCGGCCGAGGUGUACCGCAUACUCAAACAGAAGGGGCUGCUCGACAAGUUUCCAUUGUUCACUGCGGUGUACCAGAUCUGCUACGAAGGCAGGCCCGUUCAAGAGAUGUUGUCUUGUCUCCAGAGCCAUCCAGAGCAUACAUAAAGUGAAUCUUGCAACCUGUCAGGGAAAGGCCUGCCUUUCCAAUCAGUCAUUGGGAUUCAGAUGGAAACCGGGACUUGUCAACAAGAUGUUUGCUUGACUGUAAUCCCAUCAUGGAUGUGUAUGAAUUUUUACAGGUUCAUUUUUGAAUUGCGAGAUGAAGUUCAUUGGCUAAGAUGUUACUGGGCAACAUCUAGAUGCACAUAUAUGAACGUGUGAGUGUGUGUUCCUUUUUCAUUCUGUGGAUAUUUCUAUGAAACAAAAUUAAAGGCCCUUUU